CGAAUCAGGUGACAGUUGUGACCGACUAGCGGGUGUAGCAUCUCGCCAAAGACCCUGGAAAAGCAACCUCUGAACCGACCGUAGCGACCGUGAGGAGGGUCGAUUGACCGUGGGCACUGAGCGGAGGAUUCCCGGGUGUCGAGCACCACGAUGAUUGUCGGUGCGCCGCGGGGCCUGCAGCCCGUCACCGGGACCACCCACCCCCUGUCCGCCGUCCAGGAGACGCUCUCCCCGGUCCCAGAUGUCACCGCCAGCUGCCACAUCCCCAACAGCAGCAGCAGUGGUGGUGGUGGAGGAGACAAAGAAGUCGUGCUGACCAAUGGCAAGCCAGUUGAGACAUCAAGUCCUGCCUCGGCGUCAUCGCUACUCAACCGACUCCAACUGGACGAUGAUCUGGAAGCUGACACGCUUGACCUCUACGCCUCUACGGAAACACGUGACCUCUUCGUCACCGUCGACGAUCCCAAGAAACACAUCUCCACCAUGGAGACCUACAUCACCUACAGGGUCUCCACCAAGACCUCGCGCAUCGAGUUCGACCUGCCGGAGUACAACCUGCGCCGGCGAUACCAGGACUUUGAUUGGCUGAGGAUGAAGCUGGAAGACAGCCAACCAACCCACCUCAUCCCACCUCUCCCAGAGAAGUUUGUGAUGAAGGGUGUGGUGGAUCGCUUCUCAGAGGAGUUUGUGGAGACUAGGAUGAAGGCACUAGACAAGUUCUUGAAGAGGGUGGCGGACCAUCCCGUCCUCUCCUUCAACCCCCACCUCAAUGCCUUCCUAACCGCCAAGGACCUGAACAAACGACAGGGCCUGGCGCUGCUGACCAAGGUGGGGGAGUCGGUGAAGCAGGCGGCGGGGGGCUACAAGCUGCGGGCGCGGCCACUGGAGUACUGCGUGAUGGGGGAGUACCUCGACACCUUCAACCAGAAGCUGGGCACCAUGGACCGCAUCGCCCAGAGAAUCCUCAAGGAGCAGACUGAGUACCUGGUGGAGCUGAGGGAGUACGGCUCGGUGUACGCGGGCUGGGCGGGGUCGGAGGAAGCCCUGACGCGGCCCCUGGAGGGCGUGGCCGGCUGCGUGUCCACGUGCUGCGGGGCCAUGGAGGACCUGAGUGAGGGCAUGAGCCAGGAGCUGCUGCCGGUCCUCAGAGAGUAUGUCCUCUACAUCGAGUCCAUGAAGAACGUGUUGAAGAAGAGGGACCAGAGCCAGGCCGAGUACGAAGGCCGGCUGGAGGCCGCCGUCAUACGCAAACAGGAGGAGAAGACGCCGGUGCCGGUUGAGGUGGAGAAGUGCCAGGACAGGGUGGAGUGUUUCAAUGCGGACCUGAAGGCGGACUGGGAGCGCUGGCAGAGCAACAAGAGGCAGGACUUCAGACAGCUGCUCACCAGCAUGGCCGACAAGAACAUUAACUACUUCGAGAAGUGCCAGUCAGCGUGGGAGUCUCUGGUCUCUCAGUUACAGGACGACCAGGCAGAGAAUACCAAUGAGACAAACUGCGACUAAUGCAGACACACACACACACACACACACACACACACACACACACACACACACACACACACACACACACACACACACACACACACACACACACACACACACACACACACACACACACACACACACACACACACACACACACACACACACACACACACACACACACACACACACACACACACAGAGAGAGAGACAAAGACACACAGAGAGAGACAAAGACACACAGAGAGAUUGCACACUAACACAGACACACACUCUCCCAUGCCAAGGAAAAAGGACCAAUCGGGCCACUUUAAGUGCUGGACUUGGCCCCUCCCCCCUGUUCCCAUGUGACCUGAUGUCACUGGAGGAAGAGAUGACUGGUGCCUCCGCCCCCACCAACACCACGGUGAUGAGGAUGAAGGAACAGUGGAGGGAGGUGGAGACGCUUGUGAUGUUGUGAUUCUUCGGUUGUUUUUUAAGACCUUUUGUAUUUUAUACCUGUAGACGACUCAGUGGCCGGUGGUCCGCCUUCGUGUCUCUCCACCGCCCCCGACCUCUAGAUGCUCACGCUUUAGAUGAGGUUGUAUCUAGGCCUUUAUUCCAGGGGCCUGGAAGACGGAGACUUGGAUGUAUUCAGUCUGAACUGCCCUUGGAUGCCUGGCUCCAGGCCAGGGCAGGGGAAAGGAUCUUCUGUCUUUGGAGAGCAGAGUUUUGAUACCAUCACUAUUCACUGCUUCCACACAUGUGAACACAUCCAAGGCCAAUGAGAACCCAUCAUUCUCUCUUUAAUGCGUUUACAUACUUUAGGUGAGUGGUCUUCAGUCGCCUCCGGUUCCACUGUUUGUUUUGUUUCUCCUGUUCAGCAGAAUAUCUGUUCUUAAUUCCUCUUAUUUACUUACUAAUUAUCAGCAGGAGCCACUAAUAAAAUCUUUCUACGCCCUUCCUUGUGCUCCGUUUGACGAUGAUCCAGGACUCCAGUUGGUUGGUUGGUUUGGUUUCACUGGCUGAUAGUGAUGGAGUAAUGCUAUUGUUCAUAGAAAGAAGAGGACGGAGGCAGGACAUUCCAGAGGUCUGUCCCAAGGUGUAAUUCUAUCUGAGAAAAUGUUUAAUUAAGUCUUGAUCUUGAUUUCAUCUCAGUCUAAACUGUGAUUCCCCCUUCUUCAUGUUCUUAACGAAUGACACAGAUAUUGGGUCAGAGUUAAGAGAUUGUUGAAAGUUGUUUCCCCACAGAGUUAUUGUCUGUAUUUUUGGUUUCCACAACCCUGUGAGUUAAUAAGAACAGGUAGUGGCGUCAAAGCAUCUUUUAAUGACCAUAUCUGGCUAGGUGGAGAACUGACUGGAGAAACACCGCCACCUCGCCACUCAAAGUGUACCGUAACUCCUACAAAAUAUAUCAACCAUAUUUGUAGUGCUCAAAAAUGUCCCAAUAUUUGCCUUUUCUUAUAAGAAAAAGUUACUAGUUUACUAGUGGUUGACGGCAGCGUUUCCUCUAUUCAACCAAUGCAAACUUUGUUUGAGGGCUGCUUUGAUAAAGGGGCGGGAGGAUUACUAAAAGCCAAUUCUGACGUCACAAGUAGGCGUGGCCACCCAGAUGCUUGUAUAGGAAGACAGUCAGCCGCCACAUAGUUGGAUACAUUCCCCAUCACCUGGACUCUACCAACCUGUACAAGCUGAAUCUGGGUGGACACUUGUGAUGUCACCAUAGGGUAUAUUUAGAAAUGGCUCUUAAAGAUGUAAGAGUGUCUCUUUGUACACAGACUGAACAGGAUGGUGUGUCCUUGCUUCAAACACCAGUUUGUGACUUUAAGCAUGUGAGACGUACGGAUGUAGAUACAGCCUUCUCUACGUCUACAGCAACACCGGCGGAGGUUUCAUCUGCGGUUUGGUUAAUAUCAUUUUUAUUGGCGUGUUUUACCCACCAUUAUGGCCUCUUGUCUGCCCCCCUCUAUCAGAACCCUGCAAACAAACGACUCUACCGGGGACCAGUUUAUUUUUCAAUUGUAUUUUGUACCAUAAUUGUUUUGUAACUCCUUUUCAAGAUCUGUUGUUUCCCUGUUUUCUUUGAAAGACUCUUGACAGUUAUAAUGUGUCGGGAUGGAUUUAUAACACCAUGAAGAAUCCUUUCAUGUUUGACAUGAUGAGAUGUAAAUAUGCAGCGUUGACGUCCAUUGAGUCAAGGUGUUGCCUCAGAUGGAGGCUGCUUCCUUUUAUUGGCCUAUGAAUGGAGUACAUGAGAGGGCAGCCCUCAUUUUAAACCCGGAUACAAUGUGUUUUUCUGGAGAGGUACUGGGCCAGAGAAUGUGAACCCUAGUGUUUAGGCUGAAGGGGAGGUUGACCCCCCUCGGUACUGAAGAACCCCCUUCCAUCAUACAUCACCUUUAAAACGCACCCGGGACUUUUGGACCAUGACAUUUAUCUGCUUUAAUGCAAUACGUACAGUUUAUCCCCAAAUAUAACUUAAAAUAUACAAAGUGAAGAAUCUAUUUUUGUAAUGGGAACAGGAAUGUUGACUGAUGUGUUUACAAUGAGGCUUGUGUAUGUUUGCCUGGAUAUGGGUGUUGAGGUAACUGUAUAUUAAUAAUUAUAAAUUUAUUAAGACACCAUUAAGAAUGGUACGGACAGGUAGCCUGAUUGCCGUGUAGUAAACACUCAUCCGUGUUUAUCGCAUCAGUAAUAAGGGUUAGGUAGGGCUUCUUUUUGGGGACAGCCUACUAGCAUCCAGCUCCCCUCCCUCUGUUAUUCAGCUCUGGGUCAUGUUCUUGGCUUCUGGCCACUGAUCCAUUUUCUGUAAUUUCUAAAUCUGUUCUAACCAUCUUUUGGAUGCUAAAUAACAUUGUCAUGAUUAAAAAAGAAAAGAAAAAAAUGCCUGUAUAUUGAUGUCGUUUUGAUGCAAAUUAUCUUUACCUCACAUCAUCAUUUAGAUAUAUUGGACCAAUAAUAAAGGGAUAAUAAUAAUCCAUA